AUGAAAACUGGCUCGGGAAUUCAAGAUAUUUACUGUCCAAAGCUUUGGUACUACGAAUAUCUUACAUUUCUUGAUGAAAAAGAUCUUUCACAAAGAAUUGGUCAGGAUAGCUUGGAUGAUGGUGCUGGCAGUAGUGGAAGUAUUACUGGAAAUGAAACACAAAACGAUGGUUUCGCAGUUCCACCCACUAAAAUAAAGAAAAAAAAACAGAACCUCUAUACGAAGCAGUCUCAAAUUCUAGAUCAGGCUCAAAAAAUAUUAACAGGUAGUGAAAAUAAUGACUGGGAAGUAAUCGGGAAAUCAAUUGGACUUCAACUCAAAGUUCUAACUGAAGAACAAUCAGCCAUUGCGCAAAAAAUAAUAUCAGAUGCUCUCUUCUAUGCCAAAAUGAAAAAACUAACAAUAAAUUCUCAAAUAACUUUGGAACCUACAUAUCUACCCUCUCCAUCUCCACAACCGCACUUACCGCACAAGUCACCAUCCCAUCAGUACACAAUCACUCCAUCACCUUCUCCAUCUCCACAACCGCACCAGUCAUCAUCCCAUUGGUACACAAUCAUUCCAUCAUCCUCUCAUUCUUCACAGGCGCACCAUCCAUCUUCCACAAUGCAAUCAUACACUUCUUCAUAUCAAACAUCGACAUUUACUAGUAGUGAUUCAGACCAUAUUUCUUCAAAUUCAUUGCCAUUGUGUAAUGCAACAGAAACAGUUAUUAACGAAGAAUGUACAUAUUCUUUGGAACCUCCAGUAAUUAGCAUUCCAUCACCGCCCCAUUCCUCAACAUCUAAUUAUAUGCAGGGAGCUUUAAAAGACUUUAUUAUUUUUACUAAAAAAUAA